UGACGCAAUCACGACUGCAUCCUAGCAACAGAAAAGGAGGCGCAGCAAAGCGAGAAGAAGCUAAUGCUAAACGCCAGUUGCGCGUGAAAUUUUCUGCCGUAUCGCUAUUGUACUUUUAAAAAUCAUAAUCUUGCUUCAUGGUGAAUACAACUGAAAUUCACAAGGUACCUGUGUGUAGCCUGUGUGUCGAAACUCAAACGAGUUUACCAAGAACUCGCCAUCGCUUGUUUGAAGCGCUUUAGCGUUAGCUGUAGUUACCUAACGGUUUCCCACGAUCAUUCUAGAUAUGUAUUCUUUUUGUGGUGAUUUCCACUACAUUAACGGUCGUCUCGUUUGGUGGAAACGAUGUUAAACAUCUUUAGAGCCGCAGAUGUUUUCAGACCGUCGCCCAUAAUGUAGUGCAUUGAGUCUGAACUACAGAAUCCACAAGACGGGGCUGGAUAGUGGUGGGACUCUGGAGGCUCGAUGACCACUUGACUGCAGUCGUCCACACUUGGCCUGACAUGUUUAGCCUGAUGGCGAACUGCUGUAACUGGCUCAAACGCUGGCGAGAGCCCGCAAGAAAAGUGACUCUGGUGAUGGUGGGAUUGGAUAAUGCAGGAAAGACCGCCACAGUACGGGGAAUCCAAGGAGAGAAUCCUCAGGAUGUUGCUCCAACGGUGGGUUUUUCUAAGGUUGACCUGAAGCAGGGCAAAUUUGAGGUCACUAUCUUCGAUCUGGGCGGCGGGAAGAGGAUUCGUGGCAUAUGGAAGAAUUAUUACUCAGAGUCGCACGGCGUGGUGUUUGUGGUGGACUCCAGCGACGUGCAGCGGAUCCAGGAGACACGGGAAACCAUGGCAGAAGUUUUGCAGCACCCACGCAUCGCUGGGAAGCCUGUGCUAGUACUUGCCAACAAACAAGAUCAGGAGGGCGCUCUGGCUGAAGCAGACAUAAUUGAGAACCUAUCUUUAGAGAAGCUUGUUAAUGAGAACAAGUGUCUCUGUCAAAUCGAGCCGUGCUCUGCAGUCCUGGGUUACGGCAAGAAAGUUGACAAAUCCAUUAAAAGGGGCCUGAGCUGGCUGCUUAACAACAUUGCCAAAGAUUAUGAGGCCAUUACCGAGCGUGUGCAGCAGGACACCGCAGAGCAGCGUGCUCAGGAGGAGCAGGAUAAGAAAGAAAGGGCUGAACGAGUACGGCGGAUAAGAGAAGAGAGAGAGCGGCAAGAGAGGGAGGAGGCAGAACGCGAAGGCAGGCAGAUCUGCGAAGAGGAGCCUGAUGAAGAAAACAUGCCUAACCCCUUCCAGCCCAUAGAAAAUGUCAUACCUGAGAGUGGAGAUAAAGCAAAUGGGCGCAGCAGGCAGCAAGAGCUGCAAGAGUGUAUGACCGAUAGCUUGAAAGCAGACGGAGACCAAGAGGAAGAGUUUGAGGAGGAUAAUCAUGAAGACCAAGCCAGACAAACACCGGAAAACUCUACUUCAGGCACCGCUACAGAGCAAAGCAAGAAAAAGGGGAGGAAAUUGUACCUGAAGAGGAAGCACCGUGUGGACCCGCUGAAAACCGAUGAGGGGCAAACAGAAAGCCCCAUGCCUCCACCGCCUCCUGUUGGAUGGGCCACACCUAAAGUUUCUAGGCUGCCAAAACUUGAGCCACUCUGCGACUCAAAUCCCUCUGAGUUUUACAAGAAGCCACUCCCACCUGUUGCAAAUAGGCCGCAGCCUAACAGCGACACUCAUGAUGUGGUUUUUUAACCUCAUUUACUGAUUGAGGCAUCCCCAAUCACGUCUCUCCCUUUUUGCUUUCUGUCUCAAGCAAGUGGAGUGUAAACAACCAAACACACAGAACCUGCAGCUUCUCCAGGAAAGAGCAGCUUGGGAGCACCUAUGCGUGAUAUCGGAGAUAAAGGAACACAGAAGUGGAAUUCCUGUUCAGAGGCCCUUAAAACUGUGGUUUCACUGACUGAAAAAAAUCUAUUUGUUUACUAUACAAUUGUUUAUUCAUGUAUCAUAUUGUUUUUACUAUGUGAUUAAAAUACUGUAUCCAUGUUCACACUG